AUAUAUAACAACCAAGGUUCAUGAUAACGGAGAUUUAACAACCAAGGUUCACGGUAACAGAGAUCUAACAACCAAGGUUCAUGGUAACACAGAUAUAACAACCAAGGUUCAUGGUGACACAGAUAUAACAACCUUGUACAAUUUCAAUAAGUGA